CCUCAGUGUUCUGUCAUGGCGCCGUCCAGUUCACAAGCCGGUGUGAAGGGACGGGAUGCUAGGGUUUUUGUUGGCACGACAAGCGGGUUUAGACGACCCUCUUCGCCUUCGGAGAGCAGAGUCCACACGAAGGGUUUUGGGACUGGAGUUAAACAAAGACAGAGAUGUUGAAAGGAUCCAUGGCAGUGGAGUUAACACCCUUGACAUUGACCCUGUUGAAGGGAGAUAAAAUGAAGUUUCUUUUCUAAGAUGUUCAAGGAAAUAAAAUGUGAGUCAAGAAUUUUAUAUCCAACCAGACUAAUUUUCAAGUACAAAGGGACUAAUUAUCAGUAACAUACAAGAAUUCAGGGAGUGUUGUUCUCAUUAGGCCUUUCUUAAGAAUCUACUGGAGACUAAAAUCAGAACAAGAAUGAAUAGAGACAGCACCAGAAUUGAUGCAUGUUAUCAGGUGGUUCAGAUGGUGUGAUGGUGCUUUAUGAUCUUGAGAACUCCAGCAGACAACCUUAUUACACAUGUAAAGCAGUGUGUUCCAUUGGCAGAAGCCAUCCUGAUGUCCACAAAUAUAGUGUGGAGACUGUACAGUGGUAUCCUCAUGACACUGGCAUGUUCACAUCAAGCUCAUUUGAUAAAACUCUGAAAGUAUGGGAUACAAAUACGUUACAAAUUGCAGAUGUAUUUAAUUUUGAAGAAACAGUUUAUAGUCAUCAUAUGUCUCCAGUUGCCACCAAGCACUGUUUGGUAGCAGUUGGUACUAGAGGGCCCAAAGUACAACUUUGUGACUUAAAGUCUGGAUCCUGUUCCCACAUUCUACAGGGUCACAGACAAGAAAUAUUGGCAGUUUCCUGGUCACCGCGUUAUGAGUAUAUCUUGGCAACUGCAAGUGCUGACAGUAAAGCAAAAUUAUGGGAUGUGAGGAGAGCAUCAGGAUGUUUGAUUACUCUUGAUCAGCAUAAUGGGAAAAAGUCACAAGCAGUUGAAUCAGCAAACACUGCUCAUAAUGGGAAAGUUAAUGGCUUAUGUUUUACAAGUGAUGGGCUUCACCUCCUCACUGUCGGUACAGAUAAUCGAAUGAGGCUCUGGAAUAGUUCCAAUGGAGAAAACACACUAGUGAACUAUGGAAAAGUAUGUAAUGACAGUAGAAAAGGAUUGAAAUUCACUGUGUCCUGUGGCUGCAGUUCAGAAUUUGUUUUUGUACCAUAUGGUAGCACCAUUGCUGUUUAUACAGUUUACUCAGGAGAACAGAUAACUAUGCUUAAGGGACAUUAUAAAAGUGUUGACUGCUGUGUAUUUCAGUCUAAUUUCCAGGAACUUUAUAGCGGUAGCAGAGACUGCAAUAUUCUUGCUUGGAUACCAUCCUUACAUGAAUCAGUUCCUGAUGAUGAGGAGACUUCAACCAGAGCACAGUUAAAUCCAGCAUUUGAAGAUGCCUGGAGCAGCAGUGAUGAGGAAGGAUGACUAUCAUUCUUAGUACCUUUUUGUCUCUAUUGAUGAAACUUUUAAAACAGAACUGUUUUAUUUUUUUAAUUGUCCAGUGACAGCUAAAUUAGCCCUGAAUUUGGGUGGUUUUUUUCCUUUUUUUAAAAAUGAGGUUAAUAGUUGCAUGAAAUCCUGCAACAGAGUUCCAUAUAGUUUAUUUAAUCAGAGCAUGUCUCCUUGAUCCCAGUUGCUGGUGUCUGCCGCAGCCCAUGUAGCUAUAGUAGAAGGAGACAGGUCAUGGUAGCCCCUUUGUGGGAACUUGAGCAGAUUGUGUGAACAAUAAGAUGCAGUCUUAGAGGAUGAGCACGUAGAGGUUAUCAGCACUGACUUUCUUCUGCUGGUUGUACCAUCACCUUGCUCAUUUUCACUUUCAAGAAUGAUUUUACUGAGGAUUAUAUCAAAAAGUAUAGUUGAGAAGUUAACAUCAAAAUUUGUUUAUUGUUAUUUAUGUAUUCCAUUUUUGCAAUGAUUUCAUUUACUUAACCGUUGUCUAGCUUUAUGUUAAAUUUUCUUGAACUCAUUGCCUUCCACAAUCUAAAAAGUGCAUCACAGGAGGUAUUUAGCUUAGGGAAAAUACCAUGUGUCCUUUAUUUUAAUGCAUCAGAUGGCAGCUUAAACUACUCUUCUAUGAAUCUGUUUAAGAUGUGACCAAGUCCUACUUCAUUCAUCAAAGCAGAAAAUAUCCUGGCAGGGAAUUUGGCUUAAACAUGAAAUGUCAUAAAAUUUCUAUUUUAUUUUCU